AUGGGGCGCUUUUUCACCAUCAUCUACGUUGUCGUUGCUUUAAGCCUGAUCGUUGCGGAAGGAACCCGUGUGAAUUCCAUCGAAGGCGGUCCGAGCCCCAGGUUAGCACGCCAGACGACCUUGCCUAGGGCCUUACAACUAUAUUUCAACCGGAAAUCCGAUGCCAAGUUGACCUCCCAAGUGGAGAAAAGAAGCGCGCGACGACGACGCUGGUUCCCUAGCAAGAUCAACCGCCCUGGA